CACUUCUGUUGCUGGUGCUAGUGUGAGUGUGCGACAUCUUCUACUUAGUGAGAGAGAGAGAACCCCUCGACGUCGACGUUGUUUUGCAUGAUGAACGAAAGAGCCUAGUUCUGUAUUACAACAUAUUUUGCGUUGACAAUCAUAGAAGUAUCGUCAUUAUAAUUCCUAUUCCCUAAACAACAGUGACAGUCACUUCAUGCAAUUCUCCCUCCGAACACUACCCCACCCCUUCGGGAUAGCAAUUUUCAUCUUCUAUACAUAUUUCAAGUGAAAGAAUCCACUUUUACCUUGACCUCCUCCUCUCUUUUGUCGUCGUCUCCCUUGAAGGUACAUCCAGCUUAAAUCACUACGACUACUUUGUUGAUUUUUUUCACCUAAAAGAGUCAGACCUCCAACAAGAACAUCAAGAUGCCGAUUGGCCAGUUCGACAUCACGGAGUAUUUCACCGACGGUGAACUUGCUCGAUUCAAAGCGAAGUUCGACGAGUAUGACCGAACGGGCGCCGGUUACAUUGAGGAUGUGGACUGCCCGGAACUUAUCGGGAUAUGGUUCCCGAAGCACUUGUCAAAAACCGCCUUCAAAAAGGCGUUUCAGUCGGUGAACACGGAACGACCAGGCAUGUUCGACUUUGAAGAAUUCGUCGUGAUCAUGAUCAAGGUAGUAACUUUUAUUUCUUGGUGUUUGUUUUUACAACGUCGAAGAAUUUGUCGAGUUGUUCUUACGUUUUUAGACUUGGAUAUUAUAAAUUAUUGUUCUUCGCUAUUGCUGCUGGUGUUGAAGUUGAUCAUGUAAAGUAGAUCAUAACGAUAUAAUCUUACGACUCAAUCUAAUAUUUCAUUUCUACAAGUCAUGUCUCCCUAUCUCUUUCUUAGGAUUGGGAGAAAUAUAGGCAAGAAAUGAAUUGAUUUUAGCUCUAAUAAUCCCUGAACCUGCAGCACCUUAAUUUUUUAUGAUGCCAAGACGAUAUAAUCAAGGUAACCAACGCUCGUAAACGUAGCGAUUGCAUAGACUACGCGGACUACUUGAAGUAGAUCAUGUGAAGCAGAUCAUAACGAUAUAAUCUUAAGGCUCAAUAUUUAAUAUUUGUAUUCCAUUUCUACAAGUCAUUUGCAUUUCUCCCUAUUUCCUUCUUAGGAUUGGGAGAAAUAUAGGCAAGAAAUGAUAUCAGAAAUGUUCUACCACCACUUUACAUCAAGGUAACCAACGCUCGUAAACGUAGCGACUGCAUAGACUACGCGGACUACUUGGAGUCCUACCAGCUGCGUGAGUUGAAUAAGCUCUACGCGCAGUACGUCAACGAUCAUGGAACCAUUUCUGCGAAAACAUUUGAGACCUUGUUUGCCGAUCUAGGCAUGAAGGAUUUGGACCAAGCCGCGCUCUAUAAGCUCGUUGACGAAGUCGAUAAAGACAAGAGCGGAGAAAUCGAAUUCGAUGAGUACUUAUUUCUACUUUGGAGGUUCCUCUCUAUAGAAUGCUUGCAUGGGUGGAAGUCCUCGUGUACAAGCAAUAACAUGAACAUAAGGAGCAGUCCUCCCUGUAAGUCGAGUAAAAAGACUUUAUGUACGCUUUCAUCAAAAUCAUUAUCUUCGAUGAGAAGUCCUCCCGCUCAGUUUUGCUGAAUCUUCAUCUUCUUUUGACUGUUGUAGCUCAUGCUCGAUCAUAUCUUCCUCCACCAUGGCUGUUACAUCACAUCAACCUUACUGAAAUAAACGUAACCCACUCAGAUUCGCAAACCUUUGGUGCGUGCUCACAGGCGCGGUUAAGCGUAUCAACUACCGAGAAUUUCUGACGAACGACCAAAUCCGCAUGUACAAGCGGACCUUUGAGGUAGCGGACACCGAUGGCAGUGGCUACAUUGAUAUUCGAGAGCUGCUUCAAUUGUUUAAGAAAUUGGGCAUGUCGCAUACUCCAGAACAGGUGCAGGAAGAAUUGAGGAAGGUGGACGUAGACAACAGUGGAGAGCUUAGCUUUGAUGAAUUUUGCGUGCUCAUGGUCGGCAUCGGCAGCGAGAAGAAGAAGCGAACCAUCAACAGGGACACCUACACAAUGAAGCAAGUCGAGGACGAGGAAUUCACAGUACUACAACUGAUACUAUUUUCAUAAUUUUGGGAUUAUAGAAGCUUGUCGGGGCAAUAUGUGAGAUUGAGAAGUUAGUGUUGAUUAAGCAGUAGGUCUAAAGAAAGUUGUUGCAGAAGUAUCCUCGCUAAGGAGUUGUACUAGAUAUCAAUGAAUAUUAUCUUGAUCUUCAACUAGUUCAUCAACCACGAAUAUUUUAAACAUAAAGCAUGAAUGGGUGUGUGUGUGAAAAUAUUUUCUAAAUUUGGCGUUGAUCCUCGACUCUAUCAUUCAUAACUGUAACCUUGUUCAGAUCAUGGACAUCCGUCGUGCUGGGUUUCCUCUUUCGAAGUUGAGGGGUCGUUACGGUGCCCGUGCGCUGAUGGACGAGGGUGGCUGGACUGUGAUCGAGUUUCGUCUCGGCGGCUUCUCCGCACGUGAAAUGCUGGACGCUGGCGCUUCGCCUUCCGACCUGAAAAAAGCCGGCUAUUCGACCGCCGAGCUCCGUACUUGCGGAGUUCAAACCGCAUUGCUGGAAAAAAUGAACUUGAAUCUGAAUGAGCAACUGAAGACUCAGGAACCCGAAGCCGUCUUGAAAGUAAGCAAUCUCGGAGAAAUCGAUACUAGUCUUCUCCCCGAACACAGCACUCCUCGCAUUCACUUCCAUACGAAUUACCGGCCACCAAUGAGCCAAGCAGCAAAAGACAAACUCAAUGAAGAGGUGGAGCGAAAGUUUCAAGCGGAAAAGAAAAAAGGAGCCGUGGAAAAGAGGGUGGAAGCAGCGGACGAAGCAUUCGGGGCGGCGCUGAAGGAGGCCGUCUAGAUGAACCAAGAAUUUCCUAGAAAGAGGUGCUGGACGACGAGGUACUGAUGGUGCACCAUCAUAAGUGACUUGUUCUCCAUAAGCAUAAGUAUUGUUGUACAAGAAUAUAAUAAUGAACACAAUUAGUGACCUCAAAUUCAUACCAAUGAUCAAAUGACCCUGUUGCCACGUCUGAUAACAUAACCCCGAUAAUUAAAGAGCAGAAGUUCCAACUACCUAAAGAUGAAGCUGAGAAGACACAUUCCCGGUUAAUUACUUCGAAAAACACGCAGAUAAGUAGAACAUUGCAUGAAGCAUGAAGGACGCAUUCAGGAUUGUAGAAUUUCUUAGACAAAAAUCUUCAACAUACUUGAACUUGAUAGAUAGAUAAAUAGCCAGAUGAUUCUUUUGAUUGAUUUGAUAGAUACGACUAAUAAAAAGUGAAAAAGACGCGAGAUAGACACGUAGAAUGUAUUUCAAUAACAUUGAGAAUAAUGAAAACUAAUUUACUUUCUAAGAUGAGUCACAGCCAACAUGUUUUUGAAAGUGCUGGUGGAGGACGAGCACAUCAUGGCUUCAUCUUUUAGCUUCUCAGUCCUCGUGAGUAGCACUAGUACUAGCAUGUCGAGGCGGUAGG